AUGUUCUUCCUUCGGGUCUGCAACGCCACACGCUACAACACUGUUCUUUUUAACAAGAGUGACGCGGAGGAGAGCAAUUCAAAGUAGACAGACUGCAAAUUAUCUUAGUUGCUAAAAAAUAUAUAUCUACGUGUCGCAACUGUUCAUCUGUAGGAUGCCUAAAAUGCGUGCAAUUCCACUAUUGGUUUCGGCUCCAUUAAAUCCUAUACCAAUUGCAGAACAUUUUACGAGGAGCCACCCACCAUGUGAGCACAGUCACGGACAAUGUAUAAGUGAGGAAAAUAACGCAACGUAAAAUUAAGACGUUAAUAAACGAACUAAAUGUACACGUCAAUUAAAUAAAUAAACGUUCUCGUCCGAACCCUGAAGUCGUAGAUCCUUCUAUUGGCGCUGCUAUACAGGCUGCCAUUAGUCGUUCUAUAGGUUCUUUAACCGACAACCUUACACAGGUCAUUGAAUCUCGGCUUACCGAUUUUGCCAAGCGUUUUUCAGAGGAAAACAGUUCGUCCGUUGAGCAAGCUGUUAAGAAGGCGCGUUGCAAGCAAUACACGUGCAAGAGAAAGGGUAACCAGCAGCAGUUAGACCAUUCCCUCCAGGUGUCGGACAAGCUAGACGAAGCUUCCGACGCACUGAAGCACAAAUCUUAUGAAAAAGCUAAGGCUGCUUUAGAGUCAGGUACGGAAUUAGUGUCCAAGCAUGUUAAAGCAAUAAAGCUAGCCGACAAGAGCGAGUUUGGAUGGGCGACGGUCAAUGAGUAUCUAUCCGACGAACUCGCCUCUGACUCAGAUGAUGAGAAGAGAAUUUACCGGGCCGAGAGGAGAGCUGAGAGAAAGGUCACUAAGGAAAAACGUCGUCGUGCCCGUUCUGGCGACAAAGGCAGUGGCUCCGCCUCUACUUCUCGGGCGACUUCAUCAAGAUACGCAUCCAGCGAUUUGGUUUCACGCCCGGAGGCUAGACCAGCGCGUCGUUUGGGCCCCUGUUUUAAGAUAAGUACCCAGCACUUUUUCGCUUUACUAUCCUUGUUUCUUUCUUCGUCGAUUAUGGCGUUACCCCACAGGCCAUAA